AUGGCAUACAACCUGAAAUCAUCUAGUUGCAGUUCAGGAAUGGAACAUCACCGAGAAUCCAUUCGGGCUCAUCCACCCUCCGAGAGGCGGAGGGCGGUGAAGCAUCGAUCGCUCGCCAUUUUGCGCGACAGCCGACAUCUUUUGCGCUCAUCGACGACAUCUUGCCGCGUGACAUCUUCGGCGAUACGAAAACUACAGCGGCUGCGGACUUGUCGCGUCAGGAAUCAGGAUAUUCCCGUGUCCGUUGCGCAACUCGGGCUCGAGAAGAAACGAGAUUUGGAGAAAGGGGUGUUAAAUCGGUGCCCAACGUCGCGGGAGGAAGGAAAAGUAGUGUCCUUCAAGUCGAAGGUAGAAAUCAGCAGGCUGGGAGGUCGGUUGAGCGAGGUCGUGGGUCCCGUCGUGGAGGAGGCCAUCGAGCCAGGGGAUGCGACCCCGCUGACGGGACCCUCGAGGGAGUCCUCGGUACCUCGAGCACCCCCGCCGCGGCGUGUCAACACACCGAGUCCGCCAAGACCGCCGCCCGCAACUUCAGCGACAACCCAGCAUCAAAAUCCGUGUCAGAACAACCCGGCCCACAAUCCGGGCCAUCAAAAUCCCGGUCAUCGCAACCCGGGCCACUCGCCCCACAAUCCGGACAAUCCCGGUAACAACCCCGGUCACCAUCAGACCCACAACCCGGGUAAUCCCGGCCACAACCCGGGUAAUCCCGGCCACAACCCGGGCAAUCCCAACCACAAUCCGGGCAAUCCCAAUCACAACCCGAACAAUCCCAACCACAAUCCGGGCAAUCCCAAUCACAAUCCGGACAAUCCGGGCCACAACCCGGGCAAUCCCGGCCACAAUCCGGGCAAUCCCGGCCACAAUCCGGGCAACCCGGGUCACAAUCCCGGCAAUCCAGGUCACAAUCCUGGUCAACAAAAUCCCGCUGGCCAGCAACCGACACAACAGAAUCCGGGCCAGCCGACCAGUCCGGGACGAGAGAACCCUCAUCCGAACUAG